AUAAUGGCAUUGCUGCCAGGGAGUCUCACUCUCUCACGGUCUUACCUGGCUAUUACCUGAACUGCACCUGUGGGCUUCGUCUUCUCUUGACAUUUACGCACGCAACAAAAAGCUCCAGACACGCGAGUGCGCGCAUCACGAGCACUCUCCACCGACUAGGGAUCGCAUUGUGCUGAGUUGACCGUAUAGCUCCUUGUCCAGAGGCUCCUCAGCUUAAAUGGGAGCACCAUAAACAUUUGGACGACUUGCGCCUGCUCUUCAGCAACUUUGAUGGGGACUUCGAUAUUGAGCAGGGAAAAUGCCUGUAAUGAAGGGAUUAUUAGCGCCACAGAACACGUUUCUGGACACAAUAGCCACACGGUUCGAUGGCACUCACAGCAACUUCAUCCUGGCCAACGCGCAGAUGUCGAAGGGCUUUCCCAUCGUCUACUGCUCUGAUGGCUUCUGUGAGCUUACAGGCUUCUCCCGGGCCGAGGUCAUGCAGAAGAGCUGUGCAUGUAAAUUCCUGUACGGGCCAGAGACCAGUGAAAGCAUCAUCUUCAGCAUUGACGAAGCCCUGGAAGAGCGAAAGGAGUUUAAAGAUGAGAUCAUGUUCUACAAAAAGACAGCUGUGCUUUUCUGGUGCCUGCUAGACAUUGUGCCAAUUAAGAAUGAGAAGGGAGAUGUGGUACUCUUUCUGGCUUCAUUUAAGGACAUCACCGACACUAAAGCCAAAACCAUCCAAGACGACAAGAAGGAAGAUCGACGGCGUGGCAAGGUGAAAACAGGCUCUCCGUUGAGCUCAGCUCGUCUGCGGAGCAGUACAGUGCUUUACCACAUCUCUGGUCACCUACACAGCAGAGAGAAGAGCAAGAGCAAGAUUAAACUCAACAAGAAUGUGUUUGGGGAUCUGCCUGCUCUGCCAGAGUACAAGGUAGCAGAUGCCAAGAAGUCAAAAUUCAUCUUACUUCACUACAGCACAUUCAAAGCUGGUUGGGAUUGGCUGAUUCUACUUGCCACGUUCUAUGUUGCUGUGACGGUGCCCUACAACGUGUGCUUCAUCGGUGAUGACGACGACCUGACCCGCACCACAACAGUCAGUGACAUCGCAGUCGAGAUACUGUUCAUCAUAGACAUUGUUUUUAAUUUUCGCACAACUUAUGUCAGCAAAUCGGGUCAGGUGAUCUUUGACGCUCGGCAGAUCUGCAUCCAUUACCUGACAACAUGGUUCAUCAUUGACCUGGUGGCCGCGUUGCCCUUUGACCUGCUCUAUGCCUUCAAAGUCAGCGUGGUGUCCGUGGUCCACCUGUUAAAAACAGUACGUCUGCUCCGUUUGCUGCGGCUGCUCCAGAAGAUGGACCGCUACUCUCAGCACAGCACGGUGGUCCUGACGCUGCUCAUGUCCAUGUUCGCCCUGCUGGCCCACUGGAUGGCCUGCAUCUGGUACAUUAUCGGCAAGAUGGAGAUGGAGGCCAAUUCCUACAACUGGGAUAUUGGAUGGCUGCAUGAGCUGGGGAAGCGUCUGGAGUCGCCGUACUAUGCCAUAGGAGGUGCGAACGGGACCGUCAGCGGCCCCGCCAUUCGCAGCGUCUACAUCGCCUCACUCUACUUCACCCUCAGCAGUCUGACCAGCGUGGGCUUCGGCAACGUGUCGGCCAACACUGACAUCGAGAAGAUAUUCUCUAUUUGCGUCAUGCUUAUAGGAGCACUGAUGCACGCAUUGGUCUUUGGUAAUGUGACAGCCAUUAUCCAGAGGAUGUACUCACGCUGGUCCCAGUACCACACCAGAACCAAAGACCUCAAGGACUUCAUACGUGUCCAUCACUUGCCGCAGAGCCUCAAGCAGCGAAUGCUGGAGUAUUUUCAGACGACCUGGUCGGUCAACAACGGCAUCGACUGUAAUGAGCUGCUGAAGGACUUCCCGGACGAGCUGAGAUCCGACAUCACCAUGCACCUUAACAAGGAAAUCCUGGAGCUGGCGCUGUUUGCCUCGGCCAGUCGCGGCUGUCUACGCUCCCUGUCACUGCACAUUAAGACCUCCUUCUGCGCUCCUGGAGAGUACCUCCUUCGACAGGGCGACGCACUCCAGGCCAUCUUCUUUGUCUGCUCCGGGUCCAUGGAGGUGCUGAAAGAUGGCAUGGUGCUGGCCAUUCUGGGUAAAGGCGACCUGAUCGGGGCGAACCUGUCCUUAGAUGACCGAGUGAUAAAAACCAAUGCAGACGUGAAAGCCCUGACCUACUGUGACCUGCAGUGUGUUAACCUGAAGGGGCUGUACGACGUGUUGGACCUCUAUCCCGAAUACUCACACCGCUUCGUUCAGGACAUCCAGCAGGAUCUCACAUACAACCUGAGGGAGGGACAUGAGACACACGUUAAGGUCCGACUCUCCACAACAGCUCCAGAUUCUCAGUCCGGGGUGAAAAAGAACGGACGAGUGGUUCAGGGCUAUCCGCCCAUCAUAGACGCAAAGGUCGAACAGGAGGAAGAUAAAGAAGAUGAGGAGGAAGAGGAGAAAGACGACGCCAUGUCUGUUUCUCUUCCACAGGAGCGGAACCAGACGGUGAACCUUGGGACUGGUGGGAAGUCUCCGCUGAGCCAACCUAGCCAGGAGACCACAGGACAGAGCUCCAUGAGGUCUCAGAGGAAGACCCACAAAAUUACUCUCACUACUUUAGACCCGUCCAACCUCAUCCCCAGGAUAGUGGACGGUACUGAAGACUGUGAGGGGACGGAGGGUUCCCUGGCUUUCCCCUUCUCUACCAGCCCAAGUUGUCCUGUCAAUAAACCAACCAGUGCCUCAGCAUCUGCCACAGAUAUGCUGCAGAACAGUACAGCAGAGUUAGCAGCUAAAGCAGAGGAGACCAGAGGACAACUGCGACACCUCAACCAGCAGGUGAGCAACCUCGGGAGGGAAGUGGCCGACCUUGGACAAGGCAUGAAGAGAAUGGCCCAACUCAUGGAGACCCUCCUGUCAGCACCACAACCUACAGUGGUCUGUUCCACGCACUACUCCCCAGCACACAUCACAUACCUGCCCCAUCCUACCCCUCCUAUGUCGUACCCUUCAACAUCUUCUUCUCAGACUGCCUCCAUCUGGACGGACACGCCCAUUUCAUUGCCUUCGUCUCCCUUCACCAUACCUCAGCAACAUGGUGCCAUUUGCCAGACAGACUCCCUCACACAUAGAUCCCAGGACCUCCAGCUGCGCUAUCCUGCUAUCCCCAGCUCAUCUCCGCCGACAACUCACAAUACAUCUGCCCUUCAACGACAGCCCUCACCACUCAGCUCACCAGAGAUUUCCUACUACAAAGACGGGGUUUUGGUCUCCAUCAGGUCAAGGGUACACAGUCCAACUCCGCAAGAUGGGGGAGAUGAGGGCCCUCAUCAGAGCUCUGUGUGUUCUCCCCAACCUAGACAUGGAGGCACCUACCACAACCCAACUAAGGGUUUGUAGCAGCCCUCCAUGGGAACUUUCCUGGACUCUGCAGGACUUAAUCCAGGAUAUUUUCUUGUGGAUAUGUUCUUGAACUGAAGAUCAAACUGAUCAACUGGGGCUCCCCAAAUCAUUGGAGGAUGUUUGCAGUGAUGCAACUCAGAUUCCUUUUGUUUUAAAGGCACGUAUUUAAAAAUCUUGUUGCAUGAAAACAAGUACAGAAGGUUUAGGUGUGUUAGCUUUACCUUAUAGAAAUGUAGUGUUGUUAGACAGGAUGCAGAGGUUUGGGUCAGUUGUGCAGCUGUAUGAUGGCUCCAACCCCCCCAUCCAACCCUGAUGUGGGCUUGUGCCAUAAUGGAGGACAAGGGAUAUGGAGAA